CGUCGAUCUGGGGCAUGGCGCGGGAGGUGGUAGGGCCCGCCUCGUCGAUUGCCAUCUUCUCUCGCAGUUCGUCGUCCUUGCGCACGGCUCUGCUGCUAGUGCUAUGCGCUGCGCUCGGCCUCUCCCUUCACCCCUCCCUCGCUCCCUCGCUCCCUCUGUUCCCUCGGGAGCCCUACCUCUUUCAUGUCCUCGCGGAGCUUCUCCUCUUUCUUCCCUCCGCUUCCAGCCCCGACACCAUGGUGUGCUUGCUUUCCUUUCCGUGUGCGUGUGUGAUUGAUCGUUCUCGCGUCCUCGUCGUCCAGUGCCGUGCUCGCUGCUCCAGUGCUCGUCUCUGCACGUACGUCGCCUGAAUCCUGUGUCCGAGGAGAAGCCCAUCAGCGCAAUCUCUUCGUUCGACGAAACGGAGGGAGAUGGCGGGUCCGUGGAAAGUGUUUUUGCGGUUUAAUGAAACUCUCGGGGCUACUCUGUUACAUGCGGAUGUAGCCAAAUGGAGUUAAAGGUAUCGAGCGAUCGAAGGUGGAAUUAGCAAGAGAGCCAAGAAAAGGUCGUACGACCCAGCCACGCACGUGGGAGCUCUCUGCGGCGUGUACUGUAAUUCUAGUUGCAGAGGGGAUUACUUCUUGAGCUUUCUUCUACAUUUCGCCUUCUUCGGGUGCAGGGGGGAAGUUGGGGCUUCCGGAGGCCGAGUCCAUUGAGUUGUUAAAAUUCGCAUCGCAAUCUCCUAGCUUGGUUGCACACAGGAUUCGAUUGCGAACAGGCGAAAUGGGAUCCAGCAGUAGCCGACACGCUGCGGAUGCUACUGAGCGACGGGAUCGGGGAGACUACCCCGCUGCCAGAAGAGACAGUAGUGCGGGUGGCCUUAAUUUUACCGGUGCUUUGGACCGAUGCACCUCUGAGAAGCUUGCUCUUGCACGGCUUGCUCAUGGCGAGGAGUUUAGGCUUAAUCCCAAGAAUUAUUGUGAAAUUAUGCGAAGCUGCUCCACGGUCAACAAUUGGAGACUUCUGCCUACAGUAUACGCGAAAUUGAUGGGGUCGAGCUUGUAAAAGAAAAGGGUUCUCUCCUCACUGCCUCGUUUUGAUCUCGAAGAAAACUCCUGAACCUCCUGAAGAAAAUUUCGGACAUACUUUUGAGGAAGGAAGUAGCGAUAUACGUCGAGUUUUCAGAGAAUAUACUGAUACCGGCGGCUUGCGGCUGUUUAUGUCACCCCUUCACUUUCCAGCCUCAGGACCUCUCUUGGGCCGUGUCUCUGACCCGGAGAACGGAUUGUAUUCCUUUUUCUUUCCAGGGCGAACUAUCUUGUGAAUCUGUGUAUCCGUUCACGGAAACUAGGUGUCUUGAUUCUCAAGAAGGCAGUAGCUGUCUAUCUUUGAUUGUAUUCUUACAAAAGACAUGAACCUACGGAUUCAGGAUUUUGAAGCCUGUAGUCAUUUCACCCCACCACCUCAGCAAGCCACUUUUACUUCAACGUUCUGGUCUCAACCUCGGAGGGAGUCUCAGCGUCGAAUUCGUAGUGGACUCAGAUCUGCGAGACAACCAGAAGUUCCCGCCUUUAUUCCACUUGCAAGCACAUCGAGCGGAUCAGGUACACUAAAAAACAGUUCUUCUAGUGGAGAAUUAACAUCCUUGGAAAACCCCGCAGUAGAUCAGCUCGCCUCUACUGUGUCAGCAUCCGAGGGCAGCAGUAGCAGAACAGCACCGACCACUCAUUAUGGUGCACAAGUUGAAAUCACGAGGGCUCUCGAAUCUGCAGGGGCUAGUGCGGUUUUGGUGGUUGAAGCUUUUCCGAGUGAAGUUUCGGAGACUCCUUCUGCAGGUAUUGUAGAAGGUGGACAUGCUAGAAACACUGGAGGGUUGGACUCGCACAACCUGUGGUUGGAAGGCCAUCCUCCUUGGAAUUCAAGAUUCAGUUCACCAUUAGGAAGUAGUGCAUCUGAGACUCCUAGCUUGAUAGGCCAAAAUCUGCAGGCCGUAUGUGAAACUACUCUACAACAGCAUCGUGUAAACGAAAUGCAAGAACGACUUCGAAGAUAUGCUGGAUUUCCACCCUCGUCUUUUGAUUAUUACGACCUAGAAAGGAGGGGCAUGCUUUCUGCAGAAUCAUCUGGCGCGCAAGAUCACAGAACAGAAAGCAACCUCGAAACUGGGGAUGCCAGCUCAUCCGUUUCAGGGAGCGAAAGGGAUGAGUUUCCAUUCCGGACACCGGCUUCUUUACAAGCUUGGGAGAUAACAGAAGAAGGCAGGCUAAUAGAAUACAGACGCUCCGUUUACACAAAUUCUGAAUCUUGGGGUGACAGACACUUGGCGUUCCAUAGGUCUGAACUCCAUAGCGGAUCCACUGAGCGUUCCAGCACACCCCCUGGGCCUAGCUCAAACCCCAUAUCUACUGCAGGCAGAGAAUCUCGACGAAACGGUGGAAGGAGGUUGUGGGAUGCCUUGACAAGAGCAGCCUCUCAUCGUCGAACUUCUACACCUAUGACCGCCCCUACAUCUGAGAGCGUCAUCGAGAGCUGGAUGCAGAACGAAGAUGAUCACAUCGAUUUUGGUGGGUUUCAAAGCAGGAGUCUCGAUCUAGAGGAAAGGAGGAGACGGGUCAGGUCACAGGUCUGGGCUCUACAGUUACUUAGUAAUGGGCUGGAGGGAAUGCCUGGUUUCACCCGUCCUUGUGUCUCUGGAGGACACCAUCAUGGUCAUUGUUCUUGCGAUGUGCAUGGGGGUGCUGGUGAAGACACGAGUACCAGGGCGAGCAUAUCUCGGAUCAUAAUGCUUGCUGAAGCGUUGUUCGAGGUGUUGGACGAAAUUCAUCGCCAGUCUAUUGCUCUAUCAAGAACUUCAGUACCAAUUGCAUCACUACCCGCCCCCGAUACAGUUGUCAAUGCGAUUCCAACCCGAAAAAUUUCAAAGAAACUGCGUGAAGAAGCAACCCAGUGUAAUAUUUGUCUUGUGGAGUAUGAAGAAGGCGACAACGUGAGAGUUUUGCCUUGCCAUCACGAGUAUCACGUAGCUUGCGUUGACAAAUGGCUCAAAGAAGUCCACAGGGUAUGCCCACUGUGUCGAGGCAACGUCUGUGAGGCCAACUCUGUGGCCCUCUAAAGUGAAAGACGAGCAGUGAUGCGUCCAAGUAUUGAAGAAAUAGAUGGCUAGAACUUCCAUCGAUCCUCUAGUCCCCAAGUUCAAAGUUAUCGACCUUGCUCAGCCCACUUUUAGAACCCACCCAUACAGGCAGCUGUCCUAAAGUUUAGUGGUCCUCCUUUUGUUUUACGCAGCACUUGUCAUUUGUACUAUAGUCUAAUAACUUACCCAGUUGCUACCUGAGAUGUGAAUUUGUACAUUCAAGCCAGUCUUCGAUAGAGCUGACGAUAUUGAUUUGUUGCUUAAGACGUGAAAUUGUACAGUCGAGCCUGUCGUUGUGAUAGAUCUUAAGCGACUGGUCAUCCUCCUGCACACAGUGCGAGUAAUCUUCGUACUUUUCUGGCCCUUCAAUGCAGCGAACUUUUGCUGUUAGCUAUUGUUGAAAUAUCCCCCGCAUAGCAAGGGGUUUCAGCUAAGUAUUCGGCGUUGCUGUUGUAAGCGCCUUCUCAUGGAACCAUAUAAUCCAUCUGACUCUUACUGGAUUCGUUCUCUACUAGAAUUUUGUUAUUCAGUGAGGAAACUCUCGUCUUGUGUUUAAGUAAAUCCUCCUGCACUUCAGCGUUUGGAGUAUGCCUCACUGAAGUUGGACAUGUACUGCGUUUUAGAAAUGUUGAAAAGCAUGUGCGAAAAUGAGCGCAGUUUUUUCGCAUGUUGUGGCGAUUCAAGUUGUCGACCCAUCUGCAUUUUUUGGUUAGAUAUCACAAUCAGCAGAGACUUGACUUCUUGUCCCACGGUAUCGUGUCAAUAAAUAACGCUUAGUGCCUGAGGUGCUUUGCUUGAUGACG